CAAGUGCAUCCCCCGAAGCUCGAGCUACGCUGUCCCACGAGCAGACGCUCUCAGCACCUAUUUCAGCACAGGACAGAAUCCUGCACCGUCUCAUGGCAACAUGACGACUGAGUUCCAUAACCUUCAGGAGUUGAGGCAGAGUCCGUCUCUAGCCACCAAGGUGUUCAUCCAGAGAGACUACAGCGAAGGAACCAUCUGCCGCUUCCAGACCAAAUUCCCCUCCGAGCUGGGCAGCAGGAUCGAGCGGAUGCUGUUCGAGGACACAGUAAAGACGUUGAACACCUACUAUGCGGAGGCAGAGAAGGUCGGAGGCCAGUCCUACAUGGAGGGAUGUCUGGCGUGCGCUACAGCCUACUUCAUCUUCCUCUGUAUGGAGACACGCUAUGAAAAGGUAUUGAAGAAGAUCUCAGGGUAUAUCCAGGAACAGAAUGAGAAGAUCUACGCUCCCAGAGGUCUGCUACUGACUGAUCCUGUAGAGAGAGGCAUGAGAGUCAUCGAGGUGAGUGUGUUUGAAGACCGCGGUUCGAGCGGCUCUAGCCCCAGCAGCAAUGUAUCUUCUGGAAUCAGCCAGCGGUGACUGGAGGAACAGCACCAGGGAUAUGGGUACCAACAACACGACCACCACCACCACAGAGGCAGCGGAUCCCUCAUCAACAUCCGCAUGCUGAAACAUGAGAGCACACGCUUCUGAAUAUAGAUGUAUAUGUAAUCAAUAUACUAUCUCUAGUUAUGAGUAUAGAUGUGUAUGUAAUCAACAUACCAUCUAUUGUUCUGAGUAUAGAUGUAUAUGUGAUACAGGAAAUAGAUAUUGAAUGUAUAUACUAUCUAUAGAGUCAGGAAGGAGAGAGAGAAAGGCCAGGGUGUGUAGGCUACUCUCAACAGGAAACUGAAGUACCAUGAGGCCAGGAGCUGACACAUGCAAUGAUAUAAUGUUCAAGCAGGCACACACACUACUUGGUGUGUCAAACACUAUAAACACACAUCUUUGAGUAUCUGAC